GGACGACGGGGAGCCGUUGGGGAACUUGGCCGAGUCCGGCGCGAUGCAGACGCUAGAACUGAGAUGACCACACCCUUCUUCAGUUUGCUUCUUCCACUUAAAAUAUUUAAGAAGUUUCCAGGAUCCAAGUGGACCUAUGCUGGUCCUGACGGGGAGAAGAGCUGGUCCAAGAAGUACCCGUCCUGCGGCGGGCUGCUGCAGUCGCCCAUCGACCUGCACGGCGACAUCCUGCAGUUUGACGCCAGCCUCCCGGCCCUGGAGUUCCUAGGCUACAACGUGUCUGCCGAGGAGCAGCUUCUUCUGACCAACAACGGCCACUCAGUGAAGCUGAACCUGGUUCCGGACAUGCACAUCCAGGGCCUCCAGUCCCGCUACAGCGCCACGCAGCUGCACCUGCACUGGGGGAACCAGAACAACCCCCAGGGGUCCGAACACACGGUUGGCGGGAGACACUUUGCUGCUGAGGUGAGCGAGGGCCAGGCUGGCAAGGGUGGUGGUCACCAGGUAAGAUCAGAGCAUGGGAAAAUGGGCUCCUUCAAUCCAUCCUAUGACAAGAUAUUCAGUCACCUGCAAGAUGUAAAGUACAAAGGCCAGGAAGUGCCCGUUCCAGGGUUCAACAUUGAAGAACUGCUUCCUGAGAGGCCCAGUGAGUACUACCGCUACCGAGGCUCCCUGACCACGCCACCUUGUCACCCCACCGUGCUCUGGACUGUCUUCCGAAACCCCGUGCAAGUUUCCCAAGAACAGCUGCUGGCUUUGGAGACAGCUCUGUACUGCACACAGGUGGAUGAUCCUUCCCCCAGGGAAAUGGUCAACAACUUCCGGCGGGUCCAGAAGUUUGAUGAGAGAAUGGUGUAUGUCUCCUUCCGACAAGAGCAAGACCUCCCCUACGCAGGACUGAGUCUGGGCAUCAUCCUUUCUGUGGCCCUGGCGGGCAUUCUUGGCAUCUGUAUUGUCCUGGGAGUGUCCAUCUGGCUGUUCAGAAGGAGGAAGAGUAGCAACAAGGGUGGCAGCAACAAGGGCGUCAUUUAUAAACCGGCCAUCAAGAAGGAGACCGAGGCCCACGUCUGAGGCUCCUGGCCCUUCCAAGAACGGCCCUGGAGAGACCUUGCCUUGGUUCUCUGGACACUUGAAACACCGGAGGGGGUUCUCUGAUACGCGUGUGAGCUCCUGGACUCUUGGGGCCUCUACGUGGAAGCCCAUUGCCCUGGUUUCAGGGCCACCUCCAGCGUGAUAUGUGGGUGGGAAGCGCUCAGGUCAGGAGGCAGGCGCGGGGAGCUGCUGUCUCACCUCUGAGGGGUCACGGUGGUCUGCAGUCUGCCUGCUGGGGGGCAGCGAUGGGUUGCAGCGCCCCGCAUCCAGGGGUUCCCCGAGGGUGUGGUUUUGAGUGUCCUGCAAAUUCAGUUGUUGCUCCAAGCUUUUGACCAGAAUGUGCGCUCUCGGCUCAGGUUUGACUUUUGAAACACAGUUUCUUUCCUUGCGGGAGGGGCCGUCUUCCCCUGAUUUCUUCUGCUGUAACAGAACCUUUCCUCCGACCUCACGCCAGGUGGGAACAAUCGCUACACGGGCCAGGUGGCCAGUGGCAGGCCGCAAACAGGAGCUACACUUUGUAAGAUAUUAGGGACGCUCACAAAGUCCUUCGGCUCAGCAGCACCGAAUGAGCCCCAGGGAAAACCCUGUGAGCUCCACUUCCCGGUGGGAAUGGGAAAGGAGGCGGGAUGAGAAAGCCCGUGUGGGCUGGGAGACUCCCUCUGUAACGGGAACGUCUGUGUGAAGCCACUGAUGGAGAUGGGGAGGGCCUGGUUAUAGCGGGAUCCUAAUAAUUAUGAAUCAUGCUGGCGGGGCAGUUUCGUUUUGCACCCUAUGGGGUCCAUCGAUAACGAGGCUGUCCCUUGAAAAUGUGUUGCCGCGCUCGCUCCUGGGAUAGAAAGGAGUUCUGAGAUGCCCCACAGGGUUUGAGACUAUAGGAGAUCAGCAGAAACACCGGAGAGCUUUCCCACCCCAGUGCCAUCCCCACCCAGUGCCACCCUUGGGCUUAGGAUUUACCUCCUCUCGGACUUUGAGGAUGUCAGGUUGUGGCUCAGCUGAAAUAUAUUGUCCAAACCAGGAAAACAGGAAGUGAUCCACGCAGGGCUGGGACCACUGUGCCAUUAGGGACCGAUAAUAAUGAGCCCUAGUGACCCAGUGAUUAAGAACACAGCUGCUAACCCAAAGGUUAGCGGUUCAGACCCACCAGCAGCUCCCCGGGAGAAAGAUGAGGCAGCCUGCCUCCAUAGAGCUUAUGGCCCUGGAAACGCUAUGGGGGUGCUCUGUCCCACAGGGUGCUCAGAGUCAGAAUCGACCCCACAGCACCAGGCUGAAGGAUGGAAUGUUACAAAGUGCCUCAUGCUUGUCUCUCCGCUCACACUUUCCGGGAAGACACCUUUCCCUCACAUAUGCCCCCCCUCCAAAUGUGAGUCCUUCGCAGGUCAGUUAGAUCCACAGCUGAGGAGCCCUCCCACCCCCCAACUGUUCACAGCCCCUCUCAGAUCACAGCUUUCUGGUUCCCAAUCUCAUUUGACAGCAUGGAAUGUGCUCUUGAAACCAGGUUUCUUGACAACAGCUUCUCCUUCUACGCUUCCUUCUGACUCUGAGAAUACCUUCCCCUCUGCUGCUACAACUUCCCACAGCUGGUGAGCCCUGGGUCUCAAAACCGGUGUGCAGUUUUGCAAACGAUCCAAUGGAAGUGGGGUAGUUUUGUGUCCUUUGACAGCCUUGGAGCCAGGGGUGGGGGUUGGCACCCCAGCCCUGCCAUCCGCACCCCUGCUGGACACAGCCACGGCGCUCAAGACUGAGUUAUGUGGAUUGGGUGCUGGUUUCUCAGCCGGAGACCCAAGUUGCCCGUCAGAGGCAAACAUAAACCACUGCAGAGUGGCGGGGACCCUUUUUACAAAGCUCUCUAGGCACGGCCUGGAUGGGUUUCGGGGAAAGAAAGGUUUCUCAGGUGGUCAAGCAGUGUCGUGUCUCCUCUGUCUUCUCCCCCCACCCCUCUGCACAGCGGAGACACGGACCUGGCGUGGGGUGCUGGGGGGUGGGAGCAGUCGGAUGGAAUGUUCCAAGCACUGGCUCCAUCAGCUUCCUUCACUAAUCUUCACAGGGCUCUUGGGGAUCUGACUUUGGACUUAGGGGCUUCUUUGGGCUUUUGCUCAUUUCUCCAGUGUGAGUGUCACACCUUCUCGCUCCUUCCCUCUCUCUGCCGGUGCGGACCACCAGGCUCUGUGCGGGUCACAGCCGAGGGGGAGAGCUGAGGGGUUCUCAGGUCUCUGUUCUUGCUUUAGCACUAGCUGGUAAAAAAUGGUGCAGACCUACACCCGUCUCUUUCACGGCCAUUCUAGAAUUCACGCAUCAGGGAUGCGGUUCCCCCCAUGUCAAGUUCCUCUCCCCACCUAUCACUUAACCUCUCUGAAGGCUUCCGGACCAGCUCUGGGCAGCAUCUUCCCUGGGAGCAGGAGGGGAGGGGAGGGCAGCGGGGAACAGGGGCCUGCAGCACCCCCUCUCCGGUGCCUCCGGCCAUCGGCCACCUCUGUAUUUAUUGUAAGAAUGAUUGUAAUGGGAGAGGUGCACUGUAAAAAUGAGAAAUUCUAAAUAAAAUGUGUUCACUUCA